AGGGGAAGAAAGGAGACGGGGAAAGGAGAGAAUGUGGAGCUUUAACGCUGCUGAGAAUGUCGUACGUCAGAGCUGACAUGACGACCGAGACCCCUCAGCAGCAGCUGGACCCUCCGCCUCCUCUGAGAUCCAGCCCGGCGUCCGGCGUCCUGCACCCCGCCAUGCUGAGCCCACAAGCCGCCACAGAAAGCUCGUCCACCGCCGCCAAAGGAAAGAAGACGAGCUCCGGUUUACGGCGACCGGAAAAGCCGCCGUACUCCUACAUUGCUCUCAUCGUUAUGGCAAUACAGAGCUCCCCCACCAAACGGCUGACACUCAGUGAGAUUUACCAGUUCCUCCAGGCUCGCUUCCCAUUCUUCAGGGGCUCAUAUCAGGGCUGGAAGAACUCAGUCCGGCAUAAUCUUUCGCUCAACGAGUGCUUCAUCAAGCUGCCCAAAGGACUGGGCAGGCCGGGGAAAGGCCACUACUGGACCAUCGAUCCGGGCAGUGAGUUCAUGUUCGAGGAGGGCUCGUUUCGUCGCAGACCCAGAGGCUUUAGAAGAAAAUGUCAAGCUCUGAAGCCCAUGUAUCGGAUGAUGAACGGCAUAGGCUUCGGCACCUCCAUUCUGCCGCAGAGUUUUGACUUCCAGGCUCCAUCCGCGUCCCUCGCCUGUCACAGCAACAGCUACAACUUGGACAUGAUGAGCAAUUCAAUGGCCGGUGGAUACGACGGGCUGAGCGGCGGUCACCACGUACCCCACAUGUCUCCGAGCCCCGGCUCCACAUACAUGGCGAGCUGUCCCGUGCCGCCUAACGGGGAGUACGGACCGGACAGCAGCAGCAGCCCCGUACCAUCCUCUCCAGCCAUGGCCAGCGCGCUGGACGGCCACUCCCCGUACGCCAGUACAUCCGCACAUUGGGCGUCCUCCGGCGGGUCCCCCUAUAUCAAACAGCAGCCUCUAGCCUCCAGCAGCCCCGCAUCCUCUGGUUUACACUCCGGCAUGUCGCCUUACUCCCUGGAGCAGAGCUAUCUUCACCAGAACGGCAGGGACAGCCACUCUUCCGACAUAUCAGUGGGAAUUCCGCGUUAUCAGAGCCAUUCCUCCGUGUGCGACAGGAAAGAUUUUGUGUUGAACUUUAACGGCAUCUCCUCCUUCCACCCUUCGGCUGGCGGAUCCUACUAUCACCAUCACCACCAUCACCAUCCCCAGAGCGUCUGUCAGGACAUCAAACCCUGCGUGAUGUGAGCUCUCUCCCCCCCCCUCCCCCUGUCACCGUGGACGGUCACAGUGAAACUGUAGGUCCGUCACAUGAGCAAAAAAACAAAAAAAACAAACACACCAAAAAAAAAAAUAUAAAUAAAAUAAAACCAAGUGGACAAUUUUGAUUUUUUUUUUAUCUUUUGGAGGAUUUAUACCAGGAUGUAUCGCCGUGUCCGCUUUCACGCGUUUGCCUCCAACUUGCAGCCGAAGUAGCUUUUUUUUUUUUUUUUGGUUGGACUUGAAAUAAUAUGCAUUGAAGGAAAAUGAAUGAAGAAACCCCAGAGGCCUUUUAAAAACCACUUUGCCUAUAUCAACCCAACCUGACAAGCGUUUUCUUCUUCAAAAGAAGCUUCAUAAACACUACUUUUUUAAUGCGUUUGCUCUUAUAACAGUGCAAACAAAUUAUAUUCUAUGUAACUAUGUUCUAUCUUAGUAACUACACACACGACGCUUUAGGCUAACAUGAACUGCAACAAAUCUUGCACUUAUUGUA